UUUGAAUUUUAAAGUAUGGAACAAAGUGGAAAUAAAGUGGAAAAAAGGAAACCAAUAAAAAAAAAGAUAUUGACCAAUGUAGAGUAUACUCAAAUCUGUCAAUUCAUAAAUGAAUUCUGCGGUGAUGGGCUGCCGAUGGACUGCGAGCUAAAAAUGGUAACUCGCAUUUUCAAUGACAUUGAACCAUUAGCCCUGGUUUGCAUACUACAAUCGCAAUUAUUUAAUAAUAAAGCGCGCAGUCAGCACUGGCGGCACGAGAAUCGCGCCAAAUUGCUGUUGAAAAUAUACGACGAUGAAUGCCACUUGUAUAAUGAUAGAGAUCUUCUUAUACGCAUGGCCUGUGCGGAAUCUAUAAAUCCCAUAGCGAUGUGUCGGCUUCUAUUGCAAGAGAAAUAUGAUAUGAGGCAAAGACCUGCUGUUUCCCAAUUGAUAAAGCAUCCCCACUUGAUUGAUGACACACGUCUAGCCGCCAACGUACAGCAAUGUUUAUACAGUGACAAUCAGGAGGGACCUAUUACAGAUCUUCGACGACGAAUGAUUGGUGAAGAGUACGAGUUAAAACUUAAACAAUUGGCUAAUGCAGCUGGCAUUUUUUUCUAUGACGAGCGAGAUUUGCGUCGUAUGGGGUAUGACAAGACACCCGAUAUCAAGGUUAUAUUGCCGUUCCUGUACAAAGGUCUUAUAGUUAACUGGAUAGAGAGCAAGGCUAACUUCGGAGAUCCCAAAAGCCAUAAAUGGAACAUACAGCAGCAAUUAUUGAGCUAUUGCAAUCGAUUUGGACCCGGUAUUAUCAUCUAUUGGUUUGGAUAUCAUGAAGAAACGCCGCUAUUACAGGAUAAUAACAUUGGUAUAACCAUUUUAGCAGAGUUUCCCGAUCGCAAACAUUUAGAUUUAAUGCAGAUGCCGCAAUUACCAGCUGUCUGAGCCUAUUUAUGUUUU